ACUUCAUUUACAAUUCUUUUCGGCCUUGUUCAGUCUGAUUUCUCGAUUCGCUCUUGCGAUAUUUCUUGUUUUACAGUCAAAGAUAACUUUAAUGGAUAAGCCCAAGAAAUGAUUUUCGUAUUAAUACUCCUAAGUCUUCCAUCCGGAUUAUACUCCCAAUGGUACGCACAUGACUAUUGGAAUUCGAGAUUUGGCGCUCAGGGGAUAAACCAUCCAAACUCUCAUUUUACUGGAAUGUGGUCGCAUACCGGUAAUCGUUACGAAAACUACGGUCCACAUCCAAGUGUCUAUAACUCGAGAACCUGUAGUGGAGGAUGUACUUGUAACGAACUAGAGUUUUCCGUUAAAAACUGCUAUUCAACAAGUGUUACUAUAAGAAGUUAUGUUUUUCAUAACUUUACAGACUUAUCGUUUAGGGAUUCAGUACAACAAAUCUCUGUCUACCUCUGUGCUGAUUUUGUUGGAUUUGGAAAUGCAACUUUCCUUCAUUUAAAUAAUCUACGAACGAUAAAUUUGGCCGACAACGAAAUUGAUUGGGUCCCGCCAAGAAUGUUUAGUAAUUCAAAAAUUAAAUACCUGGGUUUGUCAAAAAACAAAAUAUGGUAUUUUCCUUCGGAAGCUGUUGAAGAUAUGCCAGAAUUAUUAUAUUUAGGUUUAAGCGAAAAUGAAAUUAAAACCAUAUCAAGCAACCAUCUUAGAGCUCUUUCUGGUUCGGUGUUUCAGCAUCUUGGUUUACAUCGAAACAGUCUAACAAUACUGGAACAGGGAGUUUUUACUGAUUUACCUCUAUUGAGGGAAUUGAGACUACACACUCAAAGGCCUCACUUAACUAAUAUCUAUUAUAACGCAUUCGAUAAUCUUCCAAGAUUAUACGAACUAUGGGUUAGCGACAACAGGUUAAGAAGUUUUCCCCAUCAAGUUCUCUCUCACCAACCAUAUAUCUACUUACAUUCAGUCUGGGCGGAUCGUAAUUUAAUUAAUGAUCCUCUACAUUACGGAAGCGAUGGUUUUCCAAUUAAGGGUAGCACAUACGAAGGCCGACGAAAAUUUUGGAAAAAAUGGAUGGAAGUUAACAGAUAUAAUACGAUACGCCGACUUUCGCUCAGUUAUAAUGGAAUGACUAAACUUGGACCUGAUGAUUUCUGCGAGUUGAUAAAUUUAAAUUAUUUAUGGCUAGAUGGGAAUCUUCUAGACGACACAACAGUUCCGGAAAAUGCUUUUGCGUGUCUAAGAAAUCUUGUAUAUCUUAAUCUUGGAGUUAAUCGGUUUCAAAAUGUUCCGUUAUCAGUAAAGAGCGGGGACAACUUGCCAAGGAUUCUCACGCUACAUAUAUAUUCAAAUAGGAUAACUUAUAUUGAAAAGGGCGAUUUUUCAGAACUCUCUACUCUUCAAAAUUUUUACCUGAACUCUAAUAGAUUUAAAUUUACGCAUACAUCACCAUUUCAUAAUUUGAGCAGAGUCAUUAUUAUUAACUUAUCUGACAAUAGAAUUGACGUUAUACCUGACAAUGCAUUCAGUGGUUGUACGGCUCUAACAUAUAUGUAUAUAACUAAUAACCAAGUAAAGAGAUUAUUGAAAAAUCAGUUUCAAGACUGCCCUUUGUCAGUUAUUUUCGAGGGAUCCAAUAAUGAUAUCAGUUAUAUAGAAGAUGGAACAUUCAGUCAUAUUGUAUCAAUAACCUAUUUUUACUUUGGUAAUAAUAAGUUAACUGAACUUAUGAGGGGAGGAGAUUUUUAUGAUGUAACUCAUUAUAGCCCUGUAUUUGAUAAUAAUCGUAUAACAAGAAUAAAAAGUGGUACAUUUAAAGAUUACAGGGUAACCAAUCAUCUAAAUAUUCAAUCAAAUCGUAUAUCCGUUAUUGAACCGUACGCUUUCGUAAACGUCUAUGUGACGUAUCAUAUCUAUCUGAGAAAUAAUUUACUAAAUACUCUUGAACCGUACGCCUUCAUAAAUUUGAGAUGUCAAAUACUAUACCUGAAUAACAUGAAAAUAACCCAUGUUGCAAAGAAUGUAUUCCGAGGAAUGAGCAUAAAUUUCCUUUAUUUGCAAAGUAAUAACAUAGAAUACAUUGAAGAAGGAGCUUUUGACGGUCGAGUCAACUAUGAUCUUAACGGAUUGAAGCAUGUUAAAGGUCAAAUGUUUACUACUGGUAGUUCUGUUGGCCGAACUCUAUAUAUGGGGUACAAUAAGCUAAAAGCACUACCAGCAAACGCUUUUGCAGGUAUAACAGUUGGGAAUGUAGAUCUAAGAUAUAAUGAAUUAUACGCCUAUCCCGAAGCUUUAAAUCCCCUUUUUUUAAGAUAUAUAGAUUUGAGUGGAAAUCAGAUCAGCGAAAUUUUACCAAGCCAAUUUGUUGGACAAUCUCAAAUUUUAACUCUAAGUUUAAAUAAUAACCAAUUAACUUCUCUACCGAAGGAAACGUUAGCACCACUUGUUAACUUGCAAACUUUUUCAGCUCAAAGCAACCAACUAAAAUUCAUCGAUACUGACAUGUUUGAAGGAUUGUUUAAGCUUACGUCUAUUGACUUAAGUAGAAAUGAUUUGUCGUCCAUUGGGAAAUUUCCAAAUUUAACCUCAUUAACAACGUUAAACUUGGGAUAUAAUAGAAUAAAUUCCGUUGCAUAUAAUUUUGUUGAAUAUCUCAAUCACUUCGGAUCAUUUAAUAGUUUAUUCCUAACAUCUAAUCCGCUGGCUUGCGAUUGUUUUAUGUAUAGCGCUAUGCUGGAUCAAGAAGAGGCCAUAAAGGGAGCUACAUGUUCAAGUCCUACAGCCCUAACUGGAACUGUGUUCUCAUACACUAGCCGAAAUAGUCCUACGUAUUUCCAAAAGAAAAAUGAUAAUUUAUUCUCAUGCUCGGCGGGUAAUGUCACCGCAUCAGCCCCUGGAAACGAACAAAUACUGGUUGAAUGGGAUCAUCCACCUACAGCAUACUAUAAUGGGCCUGCCGGCGAUCCAGUAACCGAUGGAUGGCAAUAUCAUGUGAAAUGCGAAUCUGACGUUUCGGGAACAAUUACGACGACAACGAGUAAUACGCAAGUAUUACUACAGAAAAGCGACGGUGUUGUGGGUGAUAUCCAAUACAGAUGUAGUGUCGCUCUCGAAUUACCUGGGCCUGUAAUUAGUGGCUACAGCUACCCUGGAAUAAUAACUACUUUAGCUCCAGUUGUUGCGGCUAAUACAACAAUCAAAGCCGACGACAUCAUCCUACCAGUUAGUUACUAUGAUUUCGACUACUUGCACAAAGACUUUAACAAUAUUGGAACAGAUACAUUCUCUAAUCCAAAGUAUGUUCCCAGUCCUUAUGGAGCUUGGCUUGCAAUUUCAAAUACUCCAAGUGCCGAUAGUUUUUCUGACUGGUUUAGAAAAAUCAAUACAAAUUACGAAUAUAAAAGAUCUAUUCUUUUAGAAGGUCUAACAACUACUCUACCAACGAAUAGAUAUUUUUCCAGUGCAUUCUUCCCAGUCGAUGGUCUUGGUUUCGGAGACCAAAAUCAAAGGGAUUGCGAUACUAAUAGGCAUAAUUUCGGAUUUACAUCGGCUAUUCGUACUGGAUUUGUGUAUAAAGGUAUUGAGAACAUAACAAUUGGCGGAGGAGAAGAAAUUUGGCUUUACUUAAAUCGGAAAUUAAUUAUCCAAAUUAAGACUCCAGCAUUAGAUACAACAAUAAGAUGUAUGCGAGUUAAUUUGUCUCCAGCGGCUGCUAAUGGUGGUGGCUUUAUUAUACCAGAAGAAGGUUUAGUUACUGGAGGUGUAUGCAACAUAAUUGGACCUGUUGAAUCCCAAAAGGUUCAUCUAGAUCUUGAUAUUACGGAACGCUAUCAUUUCACAAUCUUUCAUACGGAACGAAGAAUGUGCAAAUCGAACUUAUUCAUCGAAACGCAGAGCGUACAAUUUAUUUUAGACCCAAUUGAAGAACCUCCCAAGGAUUAUCUUGUAAAAGUUGCAGAAGAUGCUCAUGAGCAUGCUAUAGUAGAAACUAUUUUCCUGGCAGAUACUUUCUCAGCAGGUCCACCUUUCAAAGUUAAUAUAAUAAGGGGGAACGAAGCAAGGCAUUUUACAAUAAAAGAUAAUAAUGCAGCUAAUCAAUUAGCCGCAGUUCCCCCUCCAGUAGUACCACCAGUUUACACAAAUAUCGAUGGAAUAAAUUUUGUUGAAUGCUCUGGUCCUGCUGUUAAGAUUCCUGAGGGAAAUUAUACAACAGUAGACAAGUUUACAAUUGCUACAGAAACCUUAAUCGCAACGGUUAAUAAUACUCUAGAUUAUGAAGUUGAAAAAGAGUAUACUCUAAUCUUAGAAGUAAUCGAUUAUUUGAAAGCUACACCAUUAACUGGCCAAGUUACAUUAAAGGUCAAGGUGCAGGACGUAAAUGAUAAUUGUCCAAUUUUAUCAAAUAGGGAAUACUUUUACGUUGCAAAUCCAGCUCUUCAGCCAACCCCUAUUGUAGCCCUUAACGCUUCUGAUGAAGACAGUACAAUAAAUAAGGAAUUGUUUUAUCGUCGAAGUAAUGUAGUUAUUGAUCCACCAUUGGAUUUGAAUCAAACGCUGGACUUACGAAAGGUCAUAUAUGUACGAACGACAAAUAUGACAUUCCGAGUAGUAGUAACAGACGGUGGACAGCCAACUAGAGGUACUUUUGCCAAUGUUACAGUGGAACUAAGUAAUUCCUGUCUAGUGGAUGUCUUCUAUAAUCCGAUUGAAUAUAAUUACGAUGUUGAUAAUAGGACAGGAGAUGUAAGAUUAAGAAUUCCUCGCUAUUGGCAUAGAGCAUUUGAGUGUCUGAAAAUACUUGGAAUGCAAAAGGGUUUUAUACCUGACUCUCUACUAUCGGCAUCAUCGUCUAAACGACGUAGCCAACCGGGAAGGUCAAGAUUGAAUAUGACAACUCUUAGUGAUUUUUACGAUAGUCUCACUGGAGGAUGGUCGCCCGAAAUAGAGGAUGAAAAUCAGUGGAUUCAAGUCAGUCUAAGCGUUCCGCAUAUCAUCCGAAAAAUUCAAUUACAAGGCCAAGAUAGCGCUGAUUAUUGGAUUACUACGUUUAGAGUCACUUAUAGCGAUGAUAAUGUCAUUUGGAAAGAUUUUGCUAUUGAUGGUUUUGUGCCUCCUGUUAACUGCACAAACUCCUCGUGUUUUUACCAAUUAAACGGUACCUCAGAUAGAGAUACUAUUACAGAAAUCUCUUUCGAACCGCCCAUUUACGCUCAAUAUCUAAGAAUUCACCCAUUAACAUGGAAUAAUGUACCUUCCAUGCGAUUCGAAUUAAUAGGGUGCCAACAAGAAGAGAAACAUUUUCACGACGUUUCUUGCAAACGAUGCGAAGCAACGUGGUAUUGUCUAGGUGAUGGAAUUAGGCGGCCGUGUGGUAGAUGCUCAGAAAAUGAAACUUGUAAUGUUAAACCAACGGAACAUUCGUUUGGCAUGGCUGAAGAAUGUACCUUUUGUCCUUUUGGAUGGAAAUGCUCAAAAGGUUAUGCAACGCCUUGUAAUCCAGGAUAUUAUUCAAUAUGCAAUGAUACUUUCUGUCCAGAAAGCUGUAAGAUUUGCGAAGAAGGGUAUUCUUGUAGAGGAGGAAAAAAAUACGAAUGCCAUCUUGGAACGUUUUCAAAAGAAGGACAAGAAUACUGUACUAUGUGUCGUCCGGGCACGUAUCAAAAUCAGACAGGCCAAACUGAAUGUCUAAAUUGCCCAAAAGGCUUUACAACAUCCAAAAUGAAGGAUAGAUGUAAUCCUUGCCCUUUUGGCUCUUAUUCGGAUGGAACUGGGCAAAAUUGUCAAGCGUGUACAGGGCCUUCGGAUUGUCCUUGUAUGAAAACCCCAUCGCCUUGUUUUAAUACGUCAGAUCAUUCCGCCUUGUGCGUUAACACUGGUUCGAAUAGCUUUGCUUGCCUUGCUUGUCCACCCGGAUACGAGGGUGACGGAAUUACGUGUACAGAUAUAGAUGAGUGUGCUACAAUAUCGCCUUGCUGGAACAAGACUGAUUGUAGGAACACAGUACCAGGUUAUCAGUGUGAAGAGUGUCGUGCUGGCUAUACCGGUAGUUUCGAGGAUGGUAUGGGAAAUAAAAUAUUUCAAAGAACUUUUGCCGAUUGCAAUAAGAAACACGACGAAAUAGUAAUACAGUCGUGUAACGACAUAGACGAAUGCGAAACCAACAACGGAGGAUGUGAUCCGAAUGCCUAUUGUUAUAAUACUAUUGGUUCCUUCAAUUGUGGCACUUGUAAGGAAGGCUGGGUUGGAGAUGCUUUUUACGGUUGCAAACCGGGAAAUUUUUGUAUGAGUGGAGAACACGAAUGCCACAAACACGCUACGUGUCUUUAUACCGGUCCUGGCGCCUACAAGUGCGAGUGUAACAACGGUUGGGCGGGCAACGGCUUUCUCUGUGGUUUAGAUCCUGAUCAAGAUGGAAUUGUCACAGUUCCGAUCUCUUGUAAUGAAAGAGCUUGUCGAAGGGAUAACUGCCCAACUGUACCAAAUUCUGGUCAAGAAGAUAAUGAUAAAGAUUGGCUGGGUGAUGUCUGUGACGACGAUGAUGACAACGACUCAGUUUUUGACUUUAUGGACAAUUGUCCUUUUGUGAGUAACAUAGGACAAAUUGACGUAGACAAUGAUGGAGUUGGUGACGCUUGCGAUAAUUGUAUAAAUGAUUUUAAUCCAACUCAAACGGAUAGUGAUAAUGACGGUAUUGGCGACGCUUGUGAAACAGACUCUGACGGUGACGGAUUAAUAGACACCGCAGAUAAUUGCCCACAGCACGCAAAUCCAGGGCAGGAAGAUGGAGACGGCGACAACGUAGGAGAUGUAUGCGAUAAUUGUCCAACGGUAGCAAAUUCUGCUCAAACUGACACAGAUCAGGAUGGCAUAGGAGAUAGCUGUCACGAUACAGAUAAAGACGGUGAUGGAGUAUUAGACUUUAAAGAUAAUUGCGUCAUUGUACCUAAUGGUGACCAAUCUGAUACGGAUGGAGAUGGAAUAGGGGAUGAAUGUGACGAUGACGUAGAUGGAGAUGGUAUAGAAAAUAUUAAAGAUAAUUGUAUUUACGUACCGAAUAUAGAUCAAUUAGAUGCCAACGGCAAUCAUUUGGGAGAUGCUUGUGAAAAUGACUUAGAUAACGAUGGUGUCAUUGAUACGUUUGACGUUUGCCCUAAGAACAAACAUGUGCAGAAAACCAAUUUUAAGGAUGGCACUGCUGUCAUUGACUUAUAUCCUACCGAUUCAGAGCCAAAUGCUGGUUGGCUAAUUCUCAACGACGGAAAGGAAGUUAGGCAAAUUGUCAACACUAACGCAACAUCAAUGUUUAUAGCCAGAGAUAAUCUAGGUCAAAUGAAUUAUGAAGGCACUAUGUUUGUUAACGCUGAUUCUUGUCACGGCUACAUUGGUUUCGUUUUCGGUUAUCAAAAUAAUAAACGAUUUUAUGUAGCAAUAUGGCGACACAUGCAUUUAAAUUAUGGCAAUACUCCAUAUAGCGUUGGCUUAAGAGGACUUCAAAUAAAGCUUGUCGAUUCAACAAUCACACCUAAUCAGAACUUCGCUGAAGCACUAUGGCAUGUCCAAGAUACGGCUAAUAUCCUAAAUGUAAUAUGGCAUGAUCCAGAGCUAAGAGGAUGGAAGUGUAAAACUUCUUAUAAAUGGUAUUUGACCCACAGACCGGAUAUAGGCUUAAUAAGAGUCAUUAUCAAAGAGAACGAAGACCUUAUACUCGACACCGGAGAUCUAUACGACACUAGGAUUUCUGGUGGAAGAGUAGCUCAACUUGAGGCAAGAAAAUUUUAUCUGCAUACUAGUAUCUUAUUAACAUUAAAUUUAACUAUUCUCCAGCGUUUCUAUAGAGGCUUGGAUAAAGCCAAUAUCGAAGAAAAUGACCGAUUGAAUGCCCAGUAUGGAGAUGCAAAAAUAACUGGAGCCACCAUCAUACCGGAGAAUCACUGGACUCAUAUAGCCUUCCAAUAUAAUGCUGAAGAGUUAAUUCUACAAAUUUAUGUUAACGGAACAAGUGGGGGUACGGACGCGGUUCAGACAGCUGUACCAAUAUAUGACUGGGGCAACGUGACUGAAACAAAUAAUACCGUUCUUAUUGGGUCGGAUUCUCAAGAUUUUUAUAAAGGUCAACUAGAUGAAAUCCGUUUUUACAAUAUUUUUAUACCCACGGCGGAAAUUGAUCUUCAUUGGCAAGACGCCAGUGCAGAAGACUUUGAUCACCGACAAUAUAUGCAAAGUCAUUUUAAUAUGGACCGUAAUACUAAUAUAACGUUUAUCGAUGAUAAAAGCGAUAAAAAACUUAACGCCAAAGUCUACGGGGAACCGAAGAUAGUUUCUAGUACCCUCGAUACAACAAGAUUCCGAAUGACUUAUCCUUCUAAUAAACGUAAAAGAAGGAGUGUUUCGUUUGACGAAAAAAUCACAAAAGAUGAAGUACCUGAAGACUUGAUAGAGGACGAACACUUGAACAAUAUAGAGGACGAUGAAAUGAAAGGAACAAAUAUUUUAAUGGAAUCUGAAGAUGGAUUCUCUCCUGACAACCAUAUAGAAAUUAUUCAAUGA